CCCGGGAGCCCAGGGAAGCCUGAAGUUUUAAAGUGAGAACUUUCUUCUGGCAGGGCUUCAGAUUUGAGGGGGAACCCGGUCUCUCCCUUCUCCUUCCCCCCUGGGCGGGCUGUACAAUCCUCGGCAGUGUCCUGAGACUGUAUGGUCAGCUCAGGGGCGACCUGGCCAGGAUUGCUUCAGCCUUUUCCUGGAGGACAACUAGUGCACCAGCGUUGCUGUGAGCUGCGAGAGCGCGAGCUAUUCCCCGGCCUUCCCAAACCCGGCUUCCUCCCUCCACGCCUGGGAUCUCGAGGCUGCCCGGUGCUUUUUUGGGGCAGGGGGGAUCGGCGAGCAGGACACCCACAGCCGUGACCGAGGAGCCCUUGUUGGCAGCCCGAGUUGGUUUAAGCAGCACAAAGGGCAGCAGCCUCAAUAAUGACAGCUGACAAGGAAAAGAAAAGGAGCAGCUCAGAAAGGAGGAAGGAGAAAUCAAGAGAUGCAGCAAGGUGCAGAAGAAGCAAGGAGACUGAAGUAUUCUAUGAAUUAGCCCAUGAACUGCCCUUGCCCCACAAUGUUAGUUCGCAUCUGGACAAGGCAUCCAUAAUGCGUCUGGCAAUCAGUUUCUUACGCACUCACAAACUGCUGUCCUCAGGCCCCCUCUCACGACAGCAGGCUACAUCAGGAUGUGCAGUCAUUUCUAAAUCCCAAAGCCAUGGAAGAAGUGUCUCAAGAGAAAGAGGGCUGGUGCCUUAUUCUGGACCUGAGACAGCUGAACACCUUUAUUCACAAGCUCAAGUAUGUGCUGACAAUGAAAGUGACCUAGAGACAGACCAGCAGAUAGACACCUUGUACCUGAAAGCUUUGGAGGGAUUUAUUGCUGUGGUGACACAAGAUGGAGACAUGAUCUUUUUGUCAGAGAACAUCAACAAAUACAUGGGUCUCACUCAGGUGGAAUUAACUGGACAUAGCAUAUUUGACUUUACCCACCCAUGUGACCAUGAGGAAAUUCGAGAGAAUCUGAGUUUGAAAACUGGUCCAGGCUUUGGAAAGAAAAGCAAAGAGAUAUCCACAGAGCGUGACUUCUUCAUGAGAAUGAAAUGCACUGUUACCAACAGAGGCAGAACUGUAAACCUCAAAUCUGCCACGUGGAAGGUCUUGCACUGCACUGGACAAGUUAAGGUGUAUAACACUUGCCCUCCUCACACCCUGUGUGGGUAUAAGGAGCCUCUCCUCACCUGCCUUAUAAUAAUGUGUGAACCCAUUCAGCACCCAUCAAACAUGGAUAUCCCACUGGACAGCAAGACUUUCUUGAGUCGCCAUAGCAUGGACAUGAAAUUUACCUACUGUGAUGACAGAAUUACUGAAUUGAUUGGGUACCACCCAGAAGAGCUACUGGGCCGUUCUGCAUAUGAAUUCUAUCAUGCCAUGGACUCCGAAAAUAUGACUAAAAGCCAUCAGAACUUGUGUGCAAAAGGUCAAGUAGUAACUGGCCAGUACCGAAUGCUUGCAAAGCAUGGUGGAUAUGUGUGGCUGGAGACUCAAGGAACUGUCAUUUACAAUACACGCAACCUACAGCCUCAGUGUAUUGUCUGUGUCAACUAUGUACUGAGUGAAAUUGAGAAGAAUGACAUUGUGUUCUCAAUGGACCAGACGGAAUCUCUGUUUAAGCCUCACCUGCUGACAAUGAAUACUGUUUUUGAUAAUGGGGUCCCAGUGACUGAGAAGAGUGACUUCUUGUUCACAAAACUGAAGGAAGAACCGGAGGAGCUUGCUCAAUUGGCACCCACACCAGGCGAUGCCAUUAUUUCUCUGGAUUUUGGAACACAGAAUUUUGAGGAAGCCUCUAUCUACAACAAAGCUGUUGUUUUGACUCUAAACAAACAGUGGCCAGUGGAAGUGAAGACCCAUACUUCCCAAGGUGAAAAGCUGACUAUGCCAUCAUUUACCGUGCCCCAAGUUGCACCAGGCAGUAGUACUCCAAGUGCAAGUAGCAACAGCAGCUGUUCAACGCCAAGCAGCCCAGAAGACUAUUACAGCUCCUUAGAUGAAGAUCUUAAGAUUGAGGUGAUUGAGAAGCUCUUUGCCAUGGACACAGAGUCAAAGAACCAGUGCAACUCCCAGACUGAUUUCAAUGAGCUGGAUCUUGAAACCCUGGCUCCUUACAUUCCCAUGGAUGGAGAAGAUUUCCAGCUGAGUCCAAUCUGCCAAGAAGAACGUCCUCUCCCUGAAAAUGCACAAAACCAGCAAAGUUUAAGUAGCAUGAGUACCAUUUUCCAGCCCCUUGCUCCUGCCUCUCAGAAUCAGUUCCUCUUGGAGAAAUACUGCCAACAGAUGUCAAAUAAAAACAUGAACACUGGUCAUGGACCUCUGUCAUCUGUGUCCUUCAACACCACGAACAAGUCCUCACUGCCACCAUACCAUGCGCGAGCCAGCACACCACUGGCUUCAAUGGUUGGAAGACCAAGCACCCAGUGGCCACCUGAUCCACCAGUACAGUAUGUUCCUGCUAAGUGGAGACUAAUGGAUAAAUACUGUGGGUCCUUAGCAAGUUCAUCAUCAGGGCCACCAGUGCACUCUCCCAACAUGUCCUUAUAUAAGAAAAGAUCACUGGACAGUUUUGAGCAACGGGGCAUAGAUAUAAACCCUGCAAGAAUUGCUCUUGCCAACAGUUUGAAACUGAAGCGACAGAUGGAUUAUGAAGAUCAACCAUUUCAACAGCUGAGUGGGGCGGAUUUGUCAAUGAUGAACCCAUCUCAUUUAAUGUGGAAAAGGAUGAAAAUUCUCAAAGGUGAAAAUUGUUCAUUGGUUACUGAAAAGAAGUCACUCAGCACAAGUGUCCUUACUGAUGAGUUUAUUCGUAACUCACAGAAAGGUGUGAGCCAACCAAUGAACCAACUGCAGCAGCGACAGCAGCAACUCUCCUGUGGAAGCCCUGGUGAUAAUCAGAAAGCAGCAUUCUCCCCUCAGUUUUACAGUUCCCAUUAUCAGAACUUCAAUGUUCAACCAACUCAUAAAAAGUCAGGAGUGACAAGUCGUCUGCUUGGGCAGUCUUAUGAACCCUAUUUGUUGCCUGAAUUGACCAGAUAUGACUGUGAGGUGAAUGUCCCUGUUUUGGGCAGUUCUACACUUCUGCAAGGAUGUGAUUUGCUCAGAGCUCUUGACCAGGCAACCUGAGUAACCUUGCACUAUUCCUUGGCCUAUACUGUUCAAAACAGCUUCAGUUUUUAAAUAUAUUUUUUCAAGUAGACAAUUUCUAAUACCCAAUACACUUUUACAAGAUUUUACUUAUGUAUUGAACUUGUCCACAUUACCAAAUAGUGGCCUUUUUGAAGUUACUCACUUUAUUAUUCUUAUUAAAAAUAUACAUCUACUGUAUUUUUCUCUAUUUCAAUAAAAGUGUUCUUUAGAAAAUGUAUAUUAUUUCCCCUCCUGCCUGACUUGUAAUUUAUAUUCUCUGACAUUUUCUUCAGUAUUCAUGCUAACAAAACUGUGGUGUAAAUGUCUCUCUAAUACUUUGGCUCCAGUACUGCAAAGAUUGAUUUUUUAUUGCCAAAGAUAAAUGAAAACAAACAAAAAAAUCUGCUUUCCAACCACAGUUUGUGUUGAUCUUCUAAAUUAAAAUGCUCCAUGCCCCUAUUGUGUUUGUACUCUCUAUUUCCCAGCACUAAUUAUAUUGUAAAUUAACAUCUUUGGGGAAAAAAAUAAAAGACCUCACACUACCACUUUCUGACUCUCUCUCCCUAAAUCAGAUACUAUUUGCUGAAAGAAAUGUGAAGGAUAAACUGCAGAGUUUGUGGGUAUCUGCAAAAGUUGCACAGUGUAGCUUUGUUUCCCUAACAUGGGCUAGAUCCUCAGCUGCUGAAACUGGUGUUGCUCUAUUGCUGUAUAGAGAGCUACAUUGUUGUAUGCUAGCAGAGGCUCUGCACCUAGGUCUUCAUCUGUGAUGGGGUUUCAUGGGAUUUUUUUGGAGGGGGGGUAUUUCUUUUCUUUUUUACACAAAAUGUAACUGAAUUUUUGAAAUUUCUGUUUGGGUUAUUAUGUAUUGGUACUUUUGUUAUGGCUAAGACAUAGAACCAGAACCAUACUCACUUUUUAAGAGCUGUUUUUGGCUAGCGCUGGUAACAUCAUGAUGGUGUUGCCAAUAUUGCAGGACUGUAAGGAUUUGUCCAAAGGCCAGUACUAACACUGCUAAUUACCAAUUAAGUUGAUCUUUUUUGUGAGUGCAUUUUAUAUGCUAGAUAGCAACAUAAUCCACACCUAUGAAACAUUAAAAAUAAAAGUUAAAAUAGUAUUUCCCUUUGCCUACUUCCCUUUGCCUUUUACUGAGUUACCCUAGUAAAAAUAAGAUGUUAAGAGUGUUGGGCCGGGAGGGUUUUCUUUAGUAUUUUAGCUUUCCUUGUAUUGUUGAUAGCCUUUCAAGUACACAUAAUCUUACAGUAUGUCAUUAUAAGGCAAUCGGACAUCUUCAGAACCACCAUAAAAACAACUCUUGUUAUCAUGAAUUUAUUUAAAGGGCAAGGAUUCAGUUUUGUUCCCGGAAACCUCUUUGCCUUUGUUGGAAAAUAAGAGUAAUGGUAUUGCUCUGUAAAGUCUAGAUGUUCAGUGGAAAACCAAGAAAGGAAGGGCAAGGACCAAAUCCCCGAUAGCAGACAUGUUAGGACAAACUAUUUCCUCUUGCCCCUAAGCUAACAGAUCCUCCACUGAUGUAAAUCAGUGCCAGUUUACACCAGCUGAAAAUCUGGCCCUUAAAGUUGUCCCCAAACUCAAAGAUAUUCUACACAGACUUCCAGCUCCACUGAAGUCUAUGUUCCAUCAAAUCCCUUUGUACUAUGCACUAACAUUUGCAGGUAGGGAGCAUUGUGUCCAUUGAGCACUUCAGAGCUCAUUGUGUUUAAGUGAUACUUAACCUUACAGACUUACACACUGAAAAAAUAAUUGAAAACCUUUUCUGUUGUUGGUACAUUUAAAAAAAAGUUAUUAGUGUCCCUCAGUACCUUUAAGAACUUUUUACCAAAAAUAAGUUACUUUUAAAAGGAACCUAUUGCUAAGUGAGAAAAAAAAACAUUCAAAAGUAUCUGAUGAUACUUAGCAAAGCAGCUUUGACAAAUCUGCAGUGGUAAUGACUUGAGUGCUUGAAGGGUUAAUGACACUUAAAUAUUGCUCUUUUAUUUUAUUUUUGUUUGUGUAAUUUCAGCAUUAAAGGUUUUAUACCGUAACAGUUUACUAGACACUCAAAUAUUCCAUGCUUAAUAUUAACCAAACCUAGCAUCAUUAUUUUAUUAUCUAUAUUUCUGAAUUUUUAUUGACAAUAUAAUGACUGUAUGGGAACUUUAACUUGAUAAGGAAAUGUAUUUUGACACUGAUACCUUAUUAAAGUAUACUGAUCCUAAA